AUAGAUCAUAUCAUUCGUAUUCAUUAUAUCCUUCACUGCCCAUAAUUGAUCUGAAAGAAAGGUCAUACGAUACGGAUAGUUCCUCCAACAUUUCGUGGACCUGGGUGUUCGUUGUAUAGAUGCUGUAAGUGUCUCUGUCAGUCAGACGGCUCGGUCUCGGCGUCAGGGGUUUUCGAAAACCACGGAAUGCUACUGUGCAUUUCCCCUCUCCGUGCAGUGUGCUUCUCGAGCAAACAAAAACCCCUCCUUCUGACUCCAAUAACACAGGAUAUGAUGUAUUCUAUUUCCUCUCAACGGGUGUCUUCUCUUCAAGGGGUCUCAGAGAAAAGCAGAUAGUAGGCUAUCACUGUUAUCUACAGAGAAUCAUUCUGUGAGUUACGUCUAGAGGACGUCCAGGUAUGUUGUUGGGCAGUGCCAGUUUAAAAAGUUAGUGCAGUGUGUUAUGAAACAGAUGUAUACUCACCAGGGACCCUUUUUGAGAGGACAGGUAGGGUUAGACAAGUAGGUAGGUGGCGGUCUCUGUUCUUUUACAAGGACUUCUGAAUCCUCACUGACAUGCUGUCUGCAUGAACAAGGAUGAGUGACUGGAUGACAUGACGGCCUCCAUGAACAAUUCAACCACCCAAUUCUCCAACAUGAAGUUGGACCUACCUCAUUACCUCCUCAUCGGGGUGUGUCUGCUCAUCAUCCUGGUUUUCAUAGUGCUGGGGACUCUGUGGCUGAAAAAGUAUCGUUCCCUGGAGAGGACCAUUCGGGACCUGCGAGGAGGAAGGCCUCUGGGAAAUGUACUUUCCACUCCAGACUCCCCGGUCCUCUCUCCUGCUUCCCUCAGCCCGCACCCCGUCACCUUGACAGAGAAGCUGGGGCAAGAGGACCCUGAGGAGCAGACAUCACUACAGAGAAACAAGAACAGGUCUGUCACUAACAGACUGCUUUGGAGGCCACCACAACAGGGUCCCCGCUUCACCAAGUCAGACCUCAGUCUGCUGCAGCUCAUCAAGGCAGGGAAGGAGGGAGUCUUCUACAAGGCCAGGAUGACACGGGGAACCUGCAAGGGACAUGGCAUGUUCACCUGCAAGAUCACCAAAGAGGGUGUGACCCCUAAGCGAAUGGAGAUGGAGGUAUCCAUUAUGAGGAAGCUGGUGCACCACAAGAACGUUCUCCAGCUGCUGGACUGGAACACCACUGAAGAACCCUAUGUGUUGAUCAUGGAGUUUGUGAGCAACGGAACCCUGCGGAGCUUCCUUCAGACCCACAGAGACAAACUGAUCUCUGACCCUGAGCUACAGAGCUUGUUCACCAUUGCAUCCUAUCACAUCGCACUGGCCAUGGAACACCUCCGAUCCAAAAUGGUGGUGCACUGUGACCUGGCCCUCAGGAAUAUCAUGGUAAGCAGGUUUCCCUGGGAGGUAAAGGUGUCAGAGUUUGGUCUGGCCAGAGACCUGACCCGCAUGAAGAGCCGCCGCAGCAGUCGCAGGAAACACCCACGGGAACGUGUGCCUCUACGCUGGUACCCCCCUGAGUACUUCAGAAUCAACUAUUACAGCUUCAAGGGGGACGUGUGGGCAUUUGGCAUCGUGCUGUGGGAGAUACAGACAUUUGGUACCUUACCAUACCAUGACCUGGAGACACCAGAGGCCGUCGUCUAUCACAUCUGUGCCGGUCACAAGAAUAAAGACCCCGAGGGCUGCAGGCCAGAGAUACUGCAGAUAAUGCGAGACUGCUGGAUGGAACCCUACACUUCCAGGCCCUCCUUCUCAGACAUAGUGAGAAUCCUGGAGGACAUCAUGGAGAAUGAUUCAGAUUAUGUGGAUGUGGAGAACUCAAGACUUCUGGCAACGAGAGAGACGGACAACCACGACUCAAAAAGCAUCAACCAUUUCUGAACUUAGCCGUUUUGAUCAGUCAAACAUCUAGACAUUGACAACUCGGCUUUGAGAUUUUUCACCUCUAUUAAACCAGGCAAGUCAGUUAAGAACAAAUUCUUAUUUACAAUGACAGCCUACCGGGGAACAGUGGGUUAACUGCCUUGUUCAGGGGCAGAACGACAGAUUUCUACCUUGUCAGCUCGGGGAUUCGAUCUUGCAACCUUUCAGUUACUAGUCUAAUGCUCUAACCACUAGGCUACCUGCCUCUAACCACGAGGCUACCUGCCUCUAACCACUAGGCCACCUGCCU